CUAUAUCACUCCCGUCUAUACUCCGUACGUUUCUGCACUAAUUUAUUCAGGAGAUAUAUAUAUGGAUAUGGAGUUGGGGAAUAUUCCGGCAUUGUUCCGGUGCCCAAUAAGCUUGGAUCUGCUUAGAGAUCCGGUGACUCUGUGCACCGGCCAGACCUACGACCGGUCCAGCAUUGAGAAAUGGCUGGCUUCCGGCAACUCCACCUGCCCCAUCACUAUGCAGAAGCUCCACGACCCCUCCUUAGUCCCCAACCACACUCUCCGCCAUUGCAUCCAGCGCUGGCUCCACGCCGCCCCCGCCGCCGUCUCCCCCUCCCCUGACGCCGUCCUCGACUCCUCCUCUGCUCCCCAACACCUCACCCACUCCCCUGCUUCAUUAAUGCGCAAUCUUCUCUCCCCGUCCCUCACCUUGGACCAAAAGGUGCAGACGCUGCAAGAAAUUCUUGUUUUGUCCGAAGAUUUGCCGCAGAAGAACGCCGCCCUGGUCCAGAUGGAUUUCUUGACUGUGAUUCUUGAUCUGGUUUUCGGGGUUUCUGCCAAUUCGGAGAAGAUAAUCAGCAUGGGAUUCGCAGAGCAGGGACUCGUUUGUGCGCUCAAGUUGAUCCCUUUCAGUGGAACGGAGGCCGUCAACACGGUGGCAGAUCAAGAAUCUAAAUUUGCCAACUUUCUGACCCUCUUCGAACGCGGCAGCUCACUCGUCAAGAAAAGCCUCUGCAAUUUAAUGGAGGCUGCCGCUUCGUCUCCGGAGGCAAGAAAGUUCUGUUAUUUUCUUGGAAAAUCCGGCCGGCUACUCCGGCAGCUUAACAAAGCCAUCAACGAUGAACAGUGCGACGUUUCUACUUCGGCGAUCGGGGCCGUUUCGGCUCUCUCGCGCCAGGAACGGAUCGGGGAUGCCAUGGUGAGGAAAGGGGCGGUGGAUUCGCUGAUAAAAUGCGUUCUUGAGAAUUCCAACAAUUGCAAAACCAGCUCGGCGGCGGUGGCGGCGAUGAGGGCCAUUGAGCUGCUCGCGGCGGGGACGGAGGGCGGGAAAAGGGCGGUACUUGAGAACCCAGACGGGGUCAACGCGGCGGUGAAGAUGGUGUUCAGGGUGUCGUCGGAUCACGGGGGGAGCGAUGCGGCGGUGAGGUGUCUGGCGGCGGUGUGCGAGGAGGGGAUGGAGGCGAGGGAGAGGGCGGUUCGCGGCGGAGUGCUGACUCAGCUGUUGUUGCUUAUUCAGAGCCAGUGCUGUGUGAGGACAAAGACAAGGGCCAGAUUGCUGCUUAGGCUCUUAAGAUCCAUGUGAUGAUUGUGUGAUCCUGCCCAACUAAACCCAAAAAAAAAAAUCAUUUUUUCAUGUUUAGGUGCACUGCACUUUUUUUUAUCUCCAAAAUGUUAAAGCCUUAGCGAAAAUUGUACCCAAAGUUUACGGAUUAUAAUGAAAUUACUUUUAUCAU